CCGCCGGCAGAGGCGGGCGGGCGGCUGUCAGGAGGAUGAGAGUGUUUGUCAGUCAGUGAUCCUGCCUUUUUCAGAGUCUGACUGUUUCUCUCUCUCUCUCUCCCCCUCCCCUUAUCUGAAACUCCCUCCUCAAUUUUUCUCUUAGUUUUCUAGAAAGGGAAACAAACCCACAUUGAAAAAAAAGAUGCCGGAGGUGAUCUCUGUGCAAGAAUUUAUCUGCGAAACUCUGGAGGACCACAGCUCGCCGACAACCUCCUCCUUCACCACCAAAAUGGCAAACUGCAGGAACACAGUGACUACACUCGAGGAGGCUUUAGACAAGGACAGGUCUGUACUCCAUAAAAUGAAGAAAGCAGUGAAAGUGAGAUGUACCUCAGGUCAAGAUGACAUAUCCUUUCAGGAAGCAUUCAUUAAUGAGCUGGAAAAACUUGUAGCUAAUUUCCAAAGUACUGAAGAAUCAGUAUUGGCUGAAGCUUUCAGUAAAUGUGCAGAGUCUUCCAAAGAGCUGCUGACACCAAUGAAAAACCUGUUGCAGAGUGUGAAUCAUUUUGUCUUUUUCCUGAACUCUGUGCUGAAAGGAGAACUGAAAGGAGUCAAGGGGGAUUUAAAGAAGCCCUUUGAAAAAGCUUGGAAAGAUUAUGAAGGCAAAUUUACUAAAAUUGAAAAAGAGAAAAGAGAACUUGCAAAGCAGUAUGGAAUGGUACGAAUUGAGGUGACUGGAGGUGAAAUAGCAGAGGAGAUGGAAAAGGAACGGAGGAUGUUUCAGCUGCAGAUGUGUGAGUAUUUGAUCAAAGUAAAUGAGAUAAAGACAAAGAAAGGAGUGGACUUGCUACAGAACCUCACCAAGUAUUAUCAUGCACAGUACAUUUUCUUUCAGGAAGGCUUGAAAACAGCUGAGAAGAUCAGGCAUUAUGUUGAAAUGCUUGCGGCAGAUUUACAGAAUAUUAAGCAGAACCAGGAUGAGGAAAAGAAGCAGCUCUGCAGCCUUCGCGAUCAGCUCAAACCAGCAUUACAGUUGGACCACAAAGAGGAUUCUGUGAGUCGCCAGUCUCUGUACAGCAUGCACCAACUCCAGGGCAAUAAGCAAUAUGGCACUGAAAAAAUAGGAAUCCUGUAUAAGAAAAGUGAUGGGUUGAGGAAAGUUUGGCAGAAGAGGAAAUGCAUCAUAAAGAACUGUUACCUGACCAUAUCGCAUGGAACACCCAACCGGCAGCCAGCGAAGCUCAAUCUCCUGACCUGUCAAGUGAAACCCAGUUUGGAAGAUAAAAAGUGCUUUGACCUCAUUUCACAUAACCGCACAUAUCACUUCCUGGCAGAUGAUGAGCAGGAUUGCAUGGUGUGGAUCUCUGUUCUAACCAAUUGCAAGCAAGAAGCUCUAAGUGUGGCUUUCCACGAACACCACAGUGGUACAGAGAACAGUGUUGAAGAUCUAACUAAAGCCAUUAUCGAAGAUGUCCAGCAUAUGCCCGGGAAUAGUGAGUGCUGUGACUGUGGGGCAGCAGGUCCAACUUGGCUUUCUACCAAUCUUGGGAUUCUGAUAUGUAUAGAAUGUUCUGGAAUUCACCGGGAGAUGGGUGUACAUUAUUCCCGGAUACAGUCUCUCUCACUAGACAAGCUUGGGACCUCUGAACUAUUGGUGGCAAAGAAUGUUGGAAACACCAGAUUUAAUGAGCUUAUGGAGGCUAAUCUCCCAAGUUUAUCAGUAAAACCAAGAACAGACAGUCCCAUGACAAUGCGAAAAGAUUACAUCAUUUCAAAAUACAUAGAUCGUCAAUAUGUGAAACAGAACAAUAGUGCCCCUGUGACAAAGUUGAAUAAUUUGUACACUGCUGUAAAAUGCAAGGAUAUAAUUGCAUUGAUACAGGCCUAUGCAGAAAAGGUCAACCUUAGUGAAUCACUGCCAUCAUAUGCACAGGAACCAGGAGAGACUGCUCUUCACCUCGCUGUACAGCUUGCUGAUCUCACCUCCCUGCACAUUGUGGACUUUCUUGUGCAAAACUGUGGAAACCUUAGCAAGCAGACCAUGAAAGGAAACACAGCUCUUCAUUACUCCUGUCUAUUCAAUAAAACAGAAUGCCUCAAACUGCUCCUGAGAGCCAAGGUCGACACCACUAUUUCAAAUGAAGAUAGAGAGACUGCUAUGGACAUUGCUCGGAGACUGAAAUACCAACACUGUGAAGAGUUGUUGACUCAGGCAAAGCUACACCAGUUUAAUCUACACACUAACGUGGAGUAUGAAUGGCGACUGGGACAGGAUGAUUAUUAUGAGAGUGAUGAUGAUCUUGAUGAUAAGCAGGGACCUGUUAAAAGGGAACGUUCUCUUCGGCCGUACAGUUGUUAUCAGCCUGCUAGCAAACAGUCUCUGAGCUCAGAGAAGCCUAUCACAGUGGCCAUCAGCAAAGACUCUUCCAGCAUACCACGUGAUCGCCGACGUGAGCAGUCACGCAAUAUAGAAUCUCCUUCGUCAGAGGGUCCUCCUAUUCCUCCCAGAAUCCCCAUCAAAGCCCCAAAUGUUCCGCCUCCUCCUCCUCCACCACCUCCUAUCCUCAAUCCUUCUGCUGGAUCGGCAGCCUUUACCUCCGACAACCCUUCAACUAAGAAACGUCCACCUCUGCCCCCGCUGACAACCAAACAUAAACGGACAUUAUCUGAACCCACUCCAGGAGUACCACAUAGCCCGCUGAGUCGCAAGCAAUCCUCAUUUGAUUCUAGUCCACCUUCAAGUCCACCUGCUCCUAUGGUGGAUAGAUCUUCACCAAAGUCAAGCAUUGUGUCUCCAAAAGCAUUACCUGGUCUUCAUUCUCUCCCAGAAUUACCAGAGACAGUGGUUCAGAAGAAACCUGAGCAAAUCUACUCCAUACCCAAAAAAUCUCAAGAUGUUCGAGAGGCCAGCCAGAGGUCACCAUGGCCCCCCACUUCACCCAUAAGGUCUUCCUUUGCUGCACCAAAUAAUGAUAUAUACGCUGUGCCCAGAAACCCAAUACCUCUUCCCCGGAAAAUGAAUGUGACAAAACCCAGAAUUCGUAGAGGAAGAGCCAUUUACAAUUGUACAGCAGAUCAUGCUGAUGAACUUACAUUCAUGGAAGGAGAGGUGAUAGUAGUUAUUGGAGAGGAAGAUCAGGAGUGGUGGAAUGGCUACAUAGAUGGACAGCCACACAGAAAAGGUCUUUUCCCUGCAUCUUUUAUCCAGCUACAAACAAGCUAACAGAUCCCAGCCUUCAGCCUGGGCAAUUAAAGAUAAGACCAAUGUCAUUCGCUUCUUCUGAAUCAUUUACUCCUUGGAGUUCGAAGCGUCUAUCAAUUUUACUGAAAGUCAGUCGUCAUUUGAAAGUCAUCUCUAAUGACCAUGAACAGCGAGCCAGUCCUUCUAAUGCAACAGCCCUUCCGAGGGGAGAAGUUAUACUGGUACAUUGGCCAGUUCGAUGAAACCCUAAUUGGUGGGUCAUCUUCAGGAAAGACCUAGAUUGCUGUUUUAAGGCAGGUUGCUGUUUAAUUAGUACGGCGCUAAGUGUAUGCCUUACUGUACUUUGCUAAUGUCUGUUGGUAUAUAAAAAGAUUAUUUCUUUCCAACAAGUAAAAUUAUUCAGUUAUACAUGUUUAAGAAUUUGAAAUGGUCAUCAAAUGCCAUUGUUUUGAAUUAGCCAUAUAAAUAUAUAUAAUAUAUAUAUAAAUAUAUAUAUUUGAUAUAUAUAUGUUAUAUAUGAAAAAACCUAGUGUUAGAAGUGGUUGUGCUCGAAGAGGUCAACACAUGACCACAUUGACUGGUGUCAAGCGUCUAAUGAGGAGAAAGGAGCAUCUCUCCUUUAUGUCGCUGCUUUCUUUGCUGUCACUUCCAAAUAAUUCUCUUGAGCAAGCAGAAAUUAUGACAAUCCGUGAUGGGAAAUAGCCUCCAGGUGACAGGGGAGAAAAAAUGUGAGAAAAAUUAUGGAAAAGUUUAUGUAUUUUUAUUUUUAAAGAUGGCAUGUAAUAAUUUAAAAAUGCUAACUGUUAAUAAAAAUGAAUUCCUAUACUGUAUUUAAAAUAUGAUAGACUUUGGAUUAUCAAACUUAGUUUGGAUUUGUGUUUACCAUGCAGUAAAUGUGCUUAAAUGGAUGACUGAGAUUCAGAAUAUAGAUCAAGAUUAAAAUUAAAAACAUUUCCUCUACCCUCCCCUGACCCCCUUCCAAAUGUAUACCAGGAAGGAGGGGAUAUAUUAUGUUGAUUGGUCGUUGCUUAUAGUUGUGAAUGGCUGCACAGAUUUGUAUGGGCUGAAUUUAUACAAGUGAACUACCUCUUUGGAGUGUGAAAUGAAAACAAAGCACUGGAAACAUUCAGCAGGUCUGGCAACAUCUAUGGAGAGAGAAUCAGAGUUAACGUUUCGAGUCAAAGAAAGUC